AGCAGAUUUGUGAGUGCAACAAGCUCCGUAAAGCACUGCUCUAGGAACAUGUUCACCAUGAGGAAAGAGAAACAUCAUCGGUCUGAUAAGCCUCCAUCGCUAGCUCCAUACUUUAUUGCUGGCUUUUUCCAGCUUCUCCAAUCGUUCUAGAAGGAUGAGAAACAUUAGCGUCCCCGCUUCAGCCCAAUUGAUGACCUCGGCAACCAGGAAAAAUGCAUCAUACCGCAUUGGGAACUAGGACUGAGGGGCAAACGCCUCAUAUCUGAUAGUGGGUGGGUGGUUGAACCAACAUCUGUGGCAGGAGUGUUUCCUUGAUCACACCCAGUCUGACGGCGUAUAGUACCUGGACCACUCAUAAGUUUACCCUUUAUCAAACCAAUCAAUUACCUACUCGUAUGAUCCCAGAAAGACCAUCCCUACUUGUCAAGGCACGAGGAACGGGGGAGUAACAUGUCCCAUUUACCCACCCUGGAACUUGCAGCUGGAUCUCCCAUCCAUUCUCAAUUAUAAAUACGCAUGCCCCUCGUGCCUCUUCGGAAGAUAUCUCUUGUCUUGUGUUCAAGAUUCUGUUAUCCAAAGACAUUGCCCAUCGCACGGCUGCGCAACCAUCAAUAUGCCUGAACACGAAAUGCAAGCCGCGGAAGUAAACAAGCUCGUUGUGGAACAGCAGCUCAAUGAGAAAAACCGACCCAUCAGCUCGGAAAAGGUCAACCUGGAACUGGGGCUUUCGUCGCCUGUGAAAACUGGGAAGAUGGAAGAGAUAGAUCCAUUACAAGAGAACUCAGCUCGCUCCUCGAUAGAAACUCAUGAUGGCGACGAGCCGAAUGAAACUGAAAAGCAAAAGCUCAGAAGAGGUUUGUAACUUUGGACCUGAAGUAAGGUGAUUCUGACAGCUAAACCAUCAUGGGCAGUCGGCGAGAAUUUACCUUUAGCUGCGUGGCUAGUUGCUAUUGUUGAACUUUGCGAACGAUUCACAUUCUAUGGCUGUCAAGGUCUUUUUCAGAACUAUGUUCAACGUCCACUGGAUGGUAGUUUAGGCCGAGGUGCUUUGGGCCAAGGUCAUAUGUCUGCUACAGGUAUGUCCCACUUCGCCACCCCUUUGAGAGAGAAAGGAAAGAAAAUUAAGAGGAAAAUAAGCCCUUACGACCUUCUUCUCAUUGUGGUGUUACGGUAAGCCUCUCCCUCUCUCUCUCUCCCUUUAUCCCAUUCGAAUUGUAAAGAUCUCGCAUCGUUGUGAGAGACUUGUCUAUCCCACUGGACACGCCUUAAGAAUGUAUUGUUCUAGAGUAUCUUAUACAAUCAACUUAAUUGUCCCAGAUGACUUAUGAUAAUUUAUCUUAAUUGUGUAAGACUUCUAGGAUAAUGUUGUAACUCGGUCUCCUGUAUAUUGCAUUGGCCCCAACUUUCUGUUGUGGUUUUGUGAUUUACCAAAGGAUCGAGCAAUUUAUAUCAUAAAACAAGAGUUCUGCUGGAAAUUUUUGCGAUUAUAUGUAUACACAUGUGAAUUUAUUGCUAACAAAUUCUCAGUUACUCCUAUUGGUGGUGCCAUCGUAGCGGAUCAAUACAUUGGCAGAUAUAAAGCAAUUGUCCUAUUCGGCUUUGUCUAUAUCGUUGGCCUGCUAAUUUUGUUUCUAACCUCGCUACCUAUCGCACUACAAAAUGGCGCCGGCAUGGGAGGAUUCAUUACAGCGAUUCUGGUCAUUGGUAUCGGAACUGGAGGUAUCAAAUCCAACGUCAGUCCGCUGAUCGCAGAUCAGUAUGAAAGGAAGAGAAUGGCCAUCCAGACUCUCGGUACUGGAGAGCGCAUUAUCAUCGACCCUGCCCUUACUAUUCAACGGAUUUAUAUGAUAUUCUACGUCUGUAUAAAUAUCGGAUCACUCUCCCUUCUCGCUACACCAUACAUGGAGCGUGAUAUUGGAUUCUGGUCUGCAUGUAAGCGAGCUCCUUUAUAUAAUGUUUUACUAAUCUAACUUUCUAUUAGAUUUACUCUGUUUCUGUAUGUUCUGUUUCGGAAUGGUUGUAGUCAUACUAGGGAGAAAGCAGUAUAUCGUAAGACCACCUCAAGGAUCCAUCAUUACCGAUGCGUUCAAGGCGAUUUGGAUCAUGACCAAAAGCCGCAACAUGGAUGCGGCCAAGCCGUCAUACCAACAAGAGUUUGGUAAUGGAGGGGCGCGGUAUCCAUGGACCGAUCUUUUCGUCGACGAAUUGAAGCGUGCACUUGUCGCCUGCAGGGUUUUUCUUUUUUACCCAAUCUACUGGUAAGUUUAGUUCUGAUGUAACUCUCAGAGAUCCUCGACUAACAAGGUACACAGGGUCGUGUAUUCUCAAUUUUCUGGAAACUUUGUAUCUCAAGCCGCACAGAUGAGAGGUCAUGGGAUACCCAACGACUUGAUGCAAAAUUUUGACCCCAUCUCGAUCAUUGUAUUUGUGCCAAUCCUCGAUCGAUUCGUCUACCCUGCUCUUCAGAAAGCGCACAUCAAAUUCCGACCGAUUACUAGAAUUUCUCUCGGUUUCAUCGUCGCUUCGUUUUCUAUGUUGUACGCUGCCGUUUUACAACAUUAUAUUUAUCAAACUGGGCCCUGCUAUGCCGAGCCUCUUUGCGACCUUUCCGUCGUUAACGGUGUCAACAUUGGAAACGAUAUCCAUAUCGCUAUUCAAACUCCAGCUUAUAUGUUCAUUGGUAUCUCGGAGAUUUUUGCAUCCGUAACGGGUUUGGAGUACGCAUACAUGAAAGCACCUCCUUCCAUGAAGUCUUUCGUCCAGGCUUUAUAUUUACUGACCAACGCCUUUGGAUACGCUAUUGGAGAAGCCUUUAUACCUUUGGUUGGUGACCCUGAAGUUAUGUGGCUUUUCACCGGUCUUUGUGUUGGUUCAUUCUGUACUGGAGUUUUGUUCUGGUUGCUCUAUCAUCAUUUGGAUGCCAAGGAGGAUGAGAUGAAUACUCUUGAUGCCAAACAUGAUGAGUUGGAGAACAAGAGAGUGUUGGCUGACACCACGGGCACUGAUGCUACUCACAACGAGGGGGCUUCUUCGCGGGUUUAAUUGGUUGGUCUUAAGCUAAGCCUAAUAGAUAAUUACGAUAUGGUAUUAUAAUAUAGAUUAAGUAAUAAGGAUUUUACGGAUGGUUAACAGCUCUCAAUAUAUAAUACCCUUAUUGAAUGUUUCUAAACAAG